AUCACAGCUCACCUUUUUAUUAUAUAUAAAUCACGCUCCUUUAACUCUUCCUUUACAAAAAACAUCUCUCUGAGUUUCCGAGUUGACUCGCUGAGUUGAAUCAAUCAUGACUUCCGAAGCUGUUGUUGAUGUCGUCGCGUCGGUACCGGAGAAGGCAACUAAAGCCUCGAAGCCUAAGAAAGCCGUGACGGUGAAGAAAGCCAAAUCGACCAGUUCUCAUCCUCCAUUCGCUGCGAUGAUUUCGGAAGCAAUUGUGUCUCUAAAGGAAAGAACUGGUUCAAGCCAACACGCUAUCACCAAAUUCAUCGAGGAGAAACACAAACAAUUGCCUGAUAGUUUCAAAAGGUUGGUUCUCUCAAACCUGAAAAAGCUUGUUGCCGCUGAAAAGCUCGUAAAGGUCAAGGGCUCCUUCAAGCUUCCAUCGGCCAAAUCCGCCUCUCAGAAAGUUUCUGCACCGACUAAGAAGCCCGCCGCUCCAAAAUCAAAGGCCGCUAAGCCGAAGUCUAAAGCAGCUGCGACCAAGCCAAAGGCCAAAGCCGCUGCCAAGCCAAAAGCAGCUGUUAAAGCCAAGGUUGUCGCAAAACCAAAAGCCGCUGCGAAACCAAAGCCUGUCAAAGCCGGAGCCCGAUCAUCGACUAGAAAGACGCCGUCAAAGGCAGCCAAGCCGGUGGCGAAGACAAAGAAAGCCGUCCCUGUGAAGAAGCCAAAAAGCGUUAAGAAGUCACCGGCGAAGAAAGCUAAGAAGUGAGAAUCGCCGUUAUUAAUGGUGGACAAUAGAAUUUGAAUAAUGUAAAUUAGUUAGUUAUUUGUGCUUAGUAAUAUUAAUAUAUAUUUAGUUUUUAAUUUUUGAUAUUA